GCGAACGGAGCCAACCAUGAAAAACGAGAAGCAGAUUGACGAUCGUGAGGGGCAAGAAGAAGAAGAUGAGACGGAGAAGAUGGAGCAGUUCUAUUCUCUCAUCAAACAGUUCCGGGAAGCGCGGAAUCGUCUGAUUAGAUCACGAAAGACACGGUUAAUCCAUGACGUUGGCGAUGAAGAGGAGCCGGAGAAGAUGAAAUCCAGCAAGAAAAGGAAGACAAUGGGCGGUGAAGAUGGUGAACGCCAACGAAGAUCAUCGGGUUCCAGUUGGGUGCCAUCGUUCGAGUGUGAGGAUUUCGCCAUCAAAGAGGUUGGGUGUCCUGUAACUUCUCCGAGCUUCCCUGCUUUUCCCUGUAACACUAAUACUAAUACUGUCAAUAACGGCAAGAAGAAACUAGAAGAUGAUGAUGCUUCAGUGUGUGUGGACCUUCGACUUGCCCUGUGAAUGGCUAAUAGGAGAAAUAGCUAUGAGCCAGCUGCCGCUUUCUGGGUUCUUGCUUU